AUGAGCACUCCAAUUUUCUAUACGGCUUCUCCACCAGGAGUUCCAGAUUUUGCAAGUUAUCAGAAGCAGCCAGUGUACACACAACAGCCUUUAGCUUAUUAUCCACAACAACAGCAACCAGUGAUUAUGUGAGUUUUCAGGGAAAAACCGAAAUUUGGCGGCCAAUCUUAAAGGAACAUACCAUACUCAAUAAAUUCAAUAAAUUUUUUCAAGUUAUCAACAAGCUCCUCAACAAGCUUCGCGAAGUUCAGGAUGCUGUGAUUGUUGUUUGGCAUGCUGUGCGUGUUCAUCGCUUUUCGCAUUUUGUUGCUGUUGCGAGGAAUUGUGCUGCUUCUAA